AUGGUGCAUUCUGAUGAAAAUUUUACACUCGGGUCUGAACAGGCUCCAGGACGUCUGUUCCACCCAUACCAACGCAAACGACUUGAUUAUGGUGUUCCCAAAAUUCACUCUCCUCACACCGAGGCCGAGUCUAACGAAAACAAGGCGCUGUUUGUCGCAGAUUACCGUGGCUUUGUCCAAUCUCAGUGGAUCAGGUCGACCCUACCCGAAUCCAUGAAGACUUUUGGCUGUGCAAGCACACUGAAAACCCUCACUGGAACUGCUUUACCGCUCUCAUUUCGGCUGCGCUGCGGAUAA